GUUUCGGCAAAAAGAGAUUAUUAUACUACCAGAGAAGAGAAAACUAAAACCAAAAACAGCAAUACAAAAUUUAAACUCGCCUAAUUCUCCUUCUAAGGAUACUCAAUCUCCUCAAUUUCCCGACCCAACACAGUCAAUGUAUACAAACACAAAAUCCAGGCAUCCAGGCAGGAACAACCACUUAACAGUAAGGAAGACUUCUCUUCUGUAGGCUGAGGCCAACCCCUCUUGAUCAAGAAAAGCAACCUUCAUGUUCUGUGAGGCACCUAUUACUGGAGGAAUCUUAGGUGAAACUCUGGGAGUUAUGGAGAUAUUAGGAAUAUAACUCAGAAAGAUGAUAUUCAUAUUAAGUGCUGAAAGAAAGCAGGACUUAAUUGCUGACAGAAUCAUCAAACUUCAAUAGAGAAGAGCAGGGAUGAAAAAGGAAGUCUUGACUCACCCUUAGAUAUGAUUCAGUCAAAAUUCAAUGAUAUUUUUCUAACUUUAAAGUAG